AUGCAAAACGAAAAUGUGCUGACGCAGAAUUGUGACAUGCUGGACAAAGUAGGCAACAAAUUGGAAGAAAUUUUAAAAAACCUCGAAAAUGUUUUAGCCCAUCUAGACCCACUAAAUAAUUAUGAAACGAAAGAAGAUUCCAUGUUCUCCAAUUUGAAUGACGAACAGAACGAAAUUAUUAUUUUGUCAAACGUGAUAUAUGAUAAUAUUAACAUACUUACAGCUAUGCUUCACGAUUUUAUUAAAACCAUCCCCCCCUCGUACACAUACCACACUACUUUCCACUCAAAGAGUUUUGUUAUCUUGAGGGAAAAUAGAAAGAAGGAGAAAAAAAGACAAGAUACGAGGAUGGCCUUGGAUAAUGCUCAGAAAGGUACCACGUCAAGUAGUGGAACAGCACAGACUGACGCAGCGGUGACGCAACAUGACGAUGGAAUAGUCAAAGACACCCAAUCGGAAAUUAAAAAAGACGAAGAUACCGAUUCAAAUGAUCAACAGGCUACAGAAUUAGCCAGCCACUUUCCUCCCUCAGCUCAUAUCAAAUUGAUCGACAACAGAAAGUUCAAACCGCUGCAGCUAUACAAAAAAAAACAGUUUGAAGAAUUUUUCUAUUUUUCUCACACAGUCGAUUUAGAGUAUGAACAGGAACUUCAAAAAUAUUUAAUUAAAGCGAGGUAG